UGGGACGUGACCGCCGCGAGAGAGGGUGUGGCUCAGUACACGCGACAAGAUGAAGCUGGCUGCUCUUUUCCUGAUCUCCUUGGUGUCUCUUGGAACAGCGGAGCUGCCGCUGGAUGUGGUGACGCCCAGUGGAUACACAAAACUGCGCUCCUGGGCCAACUGCUCGCUGUAUCGUAUCGAGGCGGAGACGACCUACGACUAUGCCCCAUUGCUGAUCCAUCUUCCUGGCUCCAGAUACGAUAUUGGGUAUGGAUAUGGCUAUCUGCUGGCCAAUGAGAUAGCUGAAAACUACCAGUCACUCAUGAAGAGCCUUCUGGGGGACAAGUGGUAUGAUGGAUUACUGAUGGAGACUGUUGCACUGGCCCUUGACUGGCAGUGGACAGAUUAUCUGCUCGAUGUUUGCGGUGUGGGGGAGCAGGACGGAGGGGGGGUCCCUGUACUCAGCUCGCAAUCUCGACUGGAACAAAGACACUGGAGUCAACAAGCACAAGGUCUGACGGUGCACGAGGCUAAUCUUGAAGAGAAUGAGAUAACUUUCGGCGGAUUUCCAUGGACAUUGAGGCUUCGUUACAUCAUGGAGUUUUCCAGCGACCUCCUGGAGGGCAGAACUCUCUGGGCCUCCACUAAUAACACGGUAGGGUUCAACCACAUGAUAGCCUCAGCCCCGGAUGCAGAGGCCUACCAUCAAGGCACCAGCUCUGGUCCAGUGGCCUAUGCUCUGGAGACCAUGUACCAAUACACUGCAUACUUCCCCGACAACGACCCUCGUGAAGCUAAUGCCAUGUACAAUGACAGCGGUACGACUGUACACAUUGGCUUCCCAAUGAAGGAAGCCGUGUGGAGAACCAAUCAUGGGUAUGACCCUGUCAUUAGAGAGCACUACGAGUGGAGCCAGUCUCCCAGCUCUUGGAGCAUGCAGAGAUACAUGUUCAUACACGAUGCCCUCGCUACCUACCAGACUGAGGGCAAACCAAUAGGUUACAUGGAGGCAGUAAACAUCACUGCAAUUGCUGGAGACAAGGGAAAAGAUCCAUACAUAUGCCAGAACAAUACAAAUGGCACCAAUGUCCUCAGUGUAACCUUUGAACCCAAUGACCAGACACUGUAUGUUGCAUGGGAAAGGUCAACUGGGGUCAACUGGAGACCUGCAACGUGCUCAGCCUAUCUGAAGUUGUCACUGAGAGAUUGGUUUGCUCUAAAGCCACCUCUGAACUUUGAUGUGAAAACUGUUCUAUAAUAGUUCGUGGAUGAUUAAACUCAAAGCGCGUAAGCGCUGGCACAUUUUAUAUAUAGACAGUUUAUUUGUUGUUGCACAGGGAUAAUUAUUACAGUCAUGUAUUAUGUGUUCAUUGUCUGAGUGAGUCAAAACCUUUAUUGCAGUAAUGAGUUGCCACAAAAUAAACUAUCCUGUUUUUAAGGGGCUAAACAUUUUAUAACAUCGGAUUAUUAAACUUAGGUGUAUACUUGAGGUGGUCUAUAGCUACGGUUGGCUUAGUAGCAUUUUAUAGUGUCUGAUCUUCGGUCGUGAGUCGACAGACACCCAAUGUCAGUUGCGCUGCUAUUGACUGACUUGAGGAAAUCUUCCAGGUGUCCUCUCAACGAGGCGGUCACUUGUGGGUGUGACUUCGACACGUUUGUCUUUUCGUUGGCUUCUCGCUCCAUGUCGAACAGAUAAAACUGUCGAAUGUGCCCUCUGUCAAACUCUGCAUAGUACUUGUAGCGAUCGCCUACAACUGCACCCUUGUAGGAAGAGUCUAGAUUUCCCUUUAGUAUGUGGAAAGCAAAGUUUAUGUUUGAGCCACGUCUGUCUGUCUUGUUUGUCAAGAGUGGGAGCAGAGAUAUUCCGUCGUAUUUUAUGUCACUAGGGAGGUCGACACCCACAAUAUCCGCAACUGUUGGUAGAAGAUCGCUUGUCACCACCGGAACAGAGGACACGCGAUUUUCGCUUAUCGCGGCCGGCCACUCUAUUAUGCCGGGGACUCGAAUGCCGCCUUCCCACAGAUCGCCUUUAAGACCUCUUAGACCCCCGCUGGACCCGGGUCCUCCCUUUUGGGGGCCAUUGUCACUGGAAAACCACAGCAUAGUGUUGUCGUACACGCCAUAUUCCUUCAGUAGACGCCUCACUCUACCUAUUGCCUCAUCUAGACCCGACGUUGAACCGAGGUAGUCUACUUUCUUCGAAGAAUAACCCUUCUUUCCGUAAUGCUGCAGCCAAUGGGGCUUGGAGAGGAAGGGAGCAUGUACCGAAUGAAACGCGAGUAUCGUAAAAAAGGGAACGGAAGGGUCCCUUGUCUUUAGCAAGUUUUCAAGCCGGUCGACAAGAAAGUCAGAGUCGUCGAAAAUCUGCAUCGGGUAUUUCUCCAACUUUCCCGUCUCGUCGUUCAUUCUCCAGUAGUUCUGACAGAACCUCACGUAGUAAUCGCGUGCAUCAAAGCGACACGAGUAGUCUUUUGAACACUUGCAGUUGGGGAGCAAGGUGGUAACUUGACGCUCUGUCACCCACCACUCCCUGAACCCAUGCAUGCCCGGGUGAGACACGUUCCACUUGGUGUUCCCGCCUUUUAUCGGUCUCAGAUCGCCCACGUGCCACUUCCCGUAGAUGGAAGUGUGGUAGCCGGCACCCUGCAAGACUUCGGCCACCGUCAGCUCGGAGGGCGGGAGAGGACCAAGCGAUGGACAGGUGAGAUCGAUUUUCGGGUCCCCUAGAUCCGCAUGCCAUAUACAGUACCUGUUAUGAUUCCGCCCCGUUAAGAGUGUCCCUCUGGUUGGCGAACAACUGGGCCCGCCUGAAUAAAACCGCUUGAAAUGUACACUGUGCGGACCGGACGCCAUACUGUUGAGGUGUGGAGUAAGCGCUACGCCUUUAUUGUACUCCACGUCACCGUAGCCAAGGUCAUCUGCGAGAAGGUAUAUGAUGUUUGGGCAUUUUUUUCCUCUACACAAGAUGUUUUUUCCGUCUUGUGGUAAUGAAGACAACGGUUCUUGUGGUACUGACGACAGCGGUUCUUGUGGUACUGACGACAGUGGUUCUUGCGGUACUAACGACAGUGGUUCUUGCGGUACUGACAACAAUGGUUCAUGUGGUGUGUCUGCUUCUGCAUUACCACCUUUACAUUGAGCACCCUUAUUCAUUACACACUGGUCUUCAUCUCUUGAGACUAGUCCGUUUGUAUUUGAGUGGUCCGUUCGAACAGGCUCAUUUGAAAUAAAACUUCCCUUGUGCAGCAGCUGAUGGAAGAGUAUUAUCACAAAAACAGAUGAUAAGACUCCCAACACUAUCAUCUGUCUCUUUCGAUUAGUCAUUGUCGGCAUGUCAAUGAAAGGUCAUCUGGCUGACAUACAGCCUUGGAACGGAGGGCCAACGAGAUGGGACGUCGUUACACACACACAGUACUACAACCGAGCAGCCUCCACAAGUUUCCGACCGCGACGAUUAGUGCCA